AUGGCAGCGGGAGAGACGCAGCUGUACGCCAAGGUCAGCAACAAGCUUAAGAGCCGCAGCACCCCCUCGUUGCUGGACCCACUCCUGGCCCUGGGCUUUCCAGCACACACUGCGCUGAAGGCCUUGGCAGCCACUGGGAGAAAGAGUGUGGAGGAGGCCUCCAGCUGGCUGCACUGCCACUGCAGUGACCCGUCCCUUGACGACCCCAUCCCCCAGGAGUUCGGCCUCUUCCUCUGUCCCUCUGGGCCACUGCUUGAGAAGCUUCAGCAGUUCUGGAGCAAGAGCAAGCAGCAGUGUGCCAAGAACAGGGCCCACGAGGUCUUCCCACAUGUGACCCUCUGCGACUUCUUCACGUGUGAAGACCAGAAGGUGGAAUGCCUGUACGAGGCUCUGAAGAGGGCAGGGGACAGGGUCCUGGCAUCCUUCCCGGCCACCAUUCCCCUGGUGCUCCAUUCCUCCAUCAGCUACCUUGGCUUCUUCAUUAACGACGGCCCCGCAGAUGUCAUCCGGGAAUUUGCCAUGGCGUUCGCCACCGAGGCAGCAAUCUUGGCAGACUGCAGCGUGAAGCCAUGCACCAAGCAGCUGCACCUGACGCUGGCCCACAAGUUCUACCCCCACCACCAGAGGACGCUGGAGCAGCUGGCCAGAGCCAUCCACCCCAGCCACUCCUGCCAGUGGACAGCAGCUCUGUUCUCCCGGGACAUGCGCUUUGUGCACUAUCAGACACUGCGGGCCCUGUUCCAGUACAAACCCCAGAACAUGGACGAGCUGAUGCUCAGCCCUGGUGACUACAUCUUCGUGGACCCCACCGAGCAGGAGGAAGCCAGUGAGGGCUGGGUCCUGGGGACUUCACAGCGCACGGGCUGCCGGGGCUUCCUGCCGGAGAACUAUACGGAGAGGGCCAGUGAGGCAGAUACCUGGGUCAAGCACAGGACAUACACCUUCAGCCUAGCCAUGGAUGCCAACUCCAGAAAGGAUGCCGAAGCUAGUGGCAGGCAGAACAGAGAACCCCACUCUCCAACAUCCAGGAGUAUCAGCAGCAUACAGCACUUGCAGGCCACAAUUGCGAGGAGGAGCGUGCUGGUGGUGCGCCAUGGGGAGCGAGUGGACCAGGUCUUCGGGAAGUGCUGGCUGCGACAGUGCUCCACACCGGACGGGAAAUACUACAGGCCGGAUCUGAACUUCCCUCACUGUCUGCCCAGGCGGAGCAGUGGACUCAGAGACUUUGAAUGCGAUCCGCCUCUGUCAUCCUGCGGAUCAUUCCAGGCCAGACUUGCUGGGAGCUCGCUCCUGGACAGUGGCGUCAGAAUUACUGCUGUCUUCUCCUCACCAGCACUCCGCUGUAUACAGACAGCCAACCAUAUUCUGGAAGAACUCAAACUCGAGAAAACAAUGAAGCUAAGAAUAGAGCCCGGGAUCUUCGAGUGGACAAAGUGGGAAAUGGGCAGAGACAACCCGAGCUUCAUGACGCAGGCAGAGCUGAAAGAGGCAGGCUUCAUUGUGGACCCCAACUACAGGCCUGCAUUUCCGCUGUCCUCCCUCCUGCCUGCCGAGAGCUAUACCCAGUACACAGAUCGCUGUGCACGUAGCAUGGAACGGAUCCUGGGUGCCUGCCCACAGGAGCCGGGCACCAUCCUCAUUGUGAGCCAUGGCUCUGCCCUGGACUCCUGCACCCGGCCUCUCCUCGGACUCCCACCCCGGGACUGCGGGGAUUUCGUCCAGCUGGUGAGAAAGAUCCCUGCCCUUGGCAUGUGCUUCUGUGAAGAGAGCAGAGAAGGAGGGAGGUGGGAGUUGGCCAGCCCACCUGCAAGGACUCUGACACACGGGGCCAACGCAGCAUUCAACUGGAGGAACUGGAUCCCUGGAAGCUGAGCCACGUCCACGCCCGUGGCCCUUGUCAUGAGACAAUCCCGCCUUGGCCACAUGACAGAAGCACAGAGCACUUUGGCAUCUGGGACCCCUGCCACUUGCUUCAGCCUCCACUGCUGUCACCUGCAGCUCUGUCAGGCAGCCAGCUGGACUGCAGGGAUGCAGAGAAGAUGCAGAGCCAGGUGCCACAAGGUGACUUGAGUGCUACAACCUGUGAUGGGAGCCCGGGCUAUAACUGGAGGAAGAUAUGGACCCAGGACCCAGGCUUUCAGAGGCUGCAGCUGCCAUUCCCACAUGCACAGAAGGGUCUGUCCACCUCCCCUGUGCUGACUGUGGGGCUCUGGUAGUCUGUCUCUUUUGUAUUUUGAUCAACACAGGUAAUGGGAGGUGCAAUUAACAAUAAAAGGGUACCAGAAGCCAUUACUGAUGACAGCAGAGUGGCUGGCAGUCAGUGCUUUCUAACAAAUCGCCACAUCCUUGGUGCGAUGGACAGCAGCGCAAUGCCUUGACCACUCACUGACUUGCUCGCCUGAGUUAAGCAAUCAGAACCC